AUGUCCCUACAAAACGCUCAUCUUCAACCGCGCAUUUCCAAGAAGCCCCCCUUUUCAGUGGAGGUUCCUGGCGUUGAGGCGGUGCCGGGAGAGACUAUCCCCCGUCGACUGCCGGCGGCAAAGGAUGGACUCAUCGUGAUACCUGUGGAGGGUGUCAAAACCACCUACGAUGUCUUCCGCCGCUCUGCGCGCGUGUUCGGUAACGCAAAGGCUGUCGCAAGCCGCCGCUUGAUCAAGACUCACGAGGAGAACAAGAAGGUCAAGAAGGUCAUUGAUGGCGUCGAAAAGGAGAGCUUCGUCGAGUACGAGCAAGUGGCUCUCCAACUUGGUGCAGGUCUGAAGAAGCUUGGACUCGAGACGGGAGACAAAAUCCAUCUUUACGGUGCAACAAGUGAAAACUGGCUGGCCAUGUCACACGGAGCUGCAUCCCAGUCGUUGACUAUCGUUACCGCCUAUGACACCCUCGGAGAGGAUGGGUUAAAACACUCCCUCGUUCAAACAUCCAGCGUUGCCAUGUUCUGCGAUCCCAGUCUCAUUCCCUCAGUGGCCAAUGUACUAAAGGACGUUAAGUCGAUCAAGCAUAUCAUCUGGAACUCGCACCUGGCACCUAAGCAGGCGGACCUGGAAAGGCUGAAGACUGAAUACGCGGACAUCAAUCUCAUCAGCUUCGAGGAUCUCCGGACAUUGGGUGAACAGAAUCCGGUGGAACCUGUCCCACCAUCUCCUGAAGAUCUCUGCUGCAUCAUGUACACCUCCGGAUCUACCGGCCCACCGAAGGGUGUUCCCCUUACCCACGGAAACGUCAUCGCUGCAACCGCCGGUAUCAAUACAAUUGUCGGUCCAUACAUUGGGCCCUCCGAUGCUCUGUUGACAUACCUCCCCCAAUCGCAUAUCCUUGAGUUUAUGUUCGAGAACCUCUGUCUAAUCUGGGGUGGUACCAUGGGUUAUGGAAACCCACGGACGUUGUCGGACGCUUCGAUGCGUAACUGCAAGGGUGACAUUCGUGAAUUCAAGCCUACCAUUCUUGUCGGUGUGCCCGCUGUGUGGGAAUCAGUGAAGAAGGGUGUGCUUAACAACUUGAACAAGAACAACUUCAUUGUGAGAAGCAUGUUCUGGGGUGCUAUGGCCGCCAAGAACUUUUUGAUGACGACUGGAUUCCCUGGCCACGGUGUGGGCUCUUCGUUACUGGAUGCUGUCGUCUUCAAGAAGUUGAAGGAGGCGACUGGUGGCCGGUUGCGCAUCAUGAUGAACGGUGGUGGCCCAAUCUCGAAGGAUACCCAAAAGUUCCUGUCGAUGGCGAUUGCCCCAAUGAUCAGCGGAUAUGGUCUCACCGAAACCUCGGCUAUGGGUGCUCUGAAUGACCCGAUGGCCUGGAAUCCGGACGCCCUCGGUGAAAUCCCUGCUUCCAUUGAAGUGAAACUCGUAGACUUCGCUGAUGCCGGAUAUUUCACGAAGAGUAACCCCCCACAAGGAGAGAUCUUCAUCCGUGGAGGCAGUGUGAGCAAAGGCUACUGGGACAAUGAGGAGGAAACCAAGGCUGCCUAUACCGAGGAUGGGUGGUUCAUGACCGGUGAUAUCGGCGAAUUUGAUAAGAACGGCCAUCUUAAGAUCAUUGACCGCAAGAAGAACCUCGUCAAGACGCAAAACGGUGAAUACAUCGCUCUCGAAAAGCUCGAAUCUGUCUACCGCUCCUCUCCCCUUGUGGGCAACAUUUGCGUCUAUGCCGCUCAGGAUCAGGACAAGCCUAUUGCUAUCAUUGUCCCGGUUGAGGCCGCUUUGAAGAAGCUCGCCCACGAGAAUGGCAUUGAGGGCGACACGCUGGAGACGCUGGUUCAUAACGAGAAGCUGAAGGGGAUUGUUCUCAAGCAGCUCCAGACUGCUGGCCGUGCAGGCGGUCUCAAGGGCAUUGAGAUUAUCAACGGUGUGGUGUUGUCUGACGAAGAAUGGACCCCCCAGAAUGGAUACAUGACCGCCGCUCAGAAGCUCCAGCGCAAGAAGAUCGUCGGUCACUUCCAAAAAGACAUCGACCGUGCUUACGCCAAAAAUUAA